AAGCAGUGAGAGUAUAAAAUUUGCGAUCCCUGUUCAUCGAUGCCACAACUUCCUCACUCAGGCUUAAAGAUGGCGCGUUUGCUUCUCCUGAUGGUGGUGAUGCUGCCAGCAUGUGCUGCAACUCCUCAAGAUCUAUCUGGUAAAAUGUUCACCAUUCCACAAGAAACCAACACAGCUCAUGUGAGGCUGAAUACAUCUUUGCAGAGUUUCAGUGCUGCGACUGUCUGUCUCAGGUCUGUUACAGACUUAGACAGAAACCACAUCCUUUUCUCUCUGGCCACACCCUCUCUUGCCAACGCCUUCCUGAUAUUCAAGACAGCUACACGUGAUGGCAUUGAGGUCUAUGUCCAGGACAAAGCAGUAACAUUUGGAAAUCAGAAAUAUGAGCUGAAUGAGUGGCACUCAAUUUGUUCCACAUGGGACGCUGAGUCUGGUCUGGUGCAGCUGUGGGUUGAUGGAAAGGCAUCAAUUAAGAAAUUCACCAGUGGAUCAGCCAUCAAGAGCCCCAUCGUUAUCUUAGGACAGGAGCAGGAUUCGUACGGUGGGGGCUUUGACAUGAGCCAGUCGUUUGUUGGCGCAAUACACGAUGUCCACAUGUGGAACUACGUCCUUUCCCCUUGUGAGAUUCAGCGCUACACGGAGACCUCUAACUUCACUCCAGGCAAUGUGCUGAACUGGAGGGCGCUGGACUUCCAGAUAACAGGAAGAGUGUUGGUAGAAGACAGAUUCAUCACCUGUAACUAAAGUCACACAAGACCUUGUCAUUGAGCACUUAAAGUCUUUUCGACUGAGUAGUUUAAAAAGCAGAUUUCACAAUGUUGAACAGCUUUGCUUUUGUGUUGAUUGACUCUUUUCAAUGAAAGCAUAAUUUUACAAACUGUAAUCCUAAUCACCAUGAACAAUAUCUUAUAAUCUCUGUAAUUCGUACAUACCAGCCAUAUAAACUGCUCUCUGCUUGUAGCUUGACAAGUAUUAAAAACAGCAUAUUUGA